UUUCAAAUUCAUCUUGUUUGCAUGCAGUCGAAACAUUCAAAAUGUGCAAUAUAAAAAUCAACUCAGUUCUUUUCUUAAUAGUACUUGAAAUAUUUUUGGUGGCAACAACUGCCUUCGAAGAGACAUGUGAAUUCGACGGACAAAUGGAAGAGCAAUGCCUCAAUCAGACCUAUAAAACUAUGAAACCAUUGCUAGAUUAUUUUAGACAGGCUAGAAAUGAGUUAAAAGAAAGUAAAAUUAACGAAAAGAAGUUAAAUGAAUUAAAUGCUGAUCUUAUAGAAAAGUAUCAUGAAAUUGUGAGAAUUAAUGAAAAAUUCAUGAAGGAGGAAGCUCUAUUAGAUGAAUAUAAAAACAAAGUACUUAAAGGGGAAGACGAUUUGCAAUCGUGUCAAAAUAAAGUUCAUAAAUUCGAAUCUGAAAUUAAUUCAAAACAAAAUGUUAUUGUGAAAUUAAAAGGAGAAUUAGCUGAGAAGUCAACCAACUUAGGAAAUUGCGAACUUCAAUUCAAAAAUCUUAAUUCUAGCUUAAUUGGAAAAGAUGAAAAAAUAAAGAGAUUUAGUGAGAAUAUUCAAAAUAUAAAAGAACAUCAGAAAAGACUUGAGUUGAAAUUAGAGAAGAGUAAAUCUAUAUUAAUAACGAAAGAGAAAGAUAUUCAGUUAUGCCAAUCUGAAAUUGAUACAUUAAAUCGGACUUCAGAGAAUAUUAGAGAACAGCAGAAAAGAAUUGAAUUGCAACUAAAAGAUAGUCAAACUAAGCUAAUAGAUAAAGUGAAAGAAAAUCAGCUAUGUCGAGCUGAAGUUGAUACAUUGAAUAAGACUUUACCCAAUACUCUUGUCCCAUCAAGUUGCUCUCCUUUUGGAGAUUAUCCUGGUGUUCAUCAACUCAAUGUCUCUGGCAUAGGUUUAUUCGAUGUUUUAUGCGAUAGUCAGUUAGCUGGACCAGGAUGGAUUGUAAUACAACAGCGAGUUGGGGGAAAUGAGAGUUUCUAUAGAAAUUGGGCAACGUAUCGCAAAGGUUUUGGUUCCCUUGAGAGUGAUUUUUUCAUCGGACUCGAGAAAAUACAUCGUAUCACGAGUUUGCAGCGUCACGAACUGUAUAUACAUUUGGUUGAUGUGGAUGAACAUGUUUAUUUCUUUCGAUAUGACGACUUCAAAAUAUCUGAUGAAGAUAGUGGGUAUGCACUGAGUUUGGGUAAAUUCAAUGGAAGUAUUAUUGAGGAUAGGUUGAGAUUUUACAAAAACACGAAAUUCACAACAUUCGAUCGCUACAACAACAUUAGUGGACGACUUUGCGCAAAUCUGCAGCGUAGUGGCUGGUGGUACCAUGACUGUAUUUAUUGUAAUUUAAAUGCACCAUAUGGGCCAAAACUAAAUUGGCAUGUGAAAAACAAAAUCGAACUUAAAGAAGCUAAGAUGCUAAUUCGUCCAAUUGAAGCGUUGAAGUAGUGAGCAAUUCAAGAGCUGAAAUUCAA